AGCCAGCAUUGCAAGAUAAUCCCAGGUUCUAUGUCCCUGCCUGCGCUGGAGAAAAAGGGGGACAUCAUCUUGGGGGGACUCUUCUCCCUUCAUGACAUGGUGAUGGAGCCCAGUCUGUCCUUCACCUCUACACCUCCGCCCACACAGUGCACCAGAUUUAACUUUCGGACAUUUCGUUGGAUGCAAACUAUGAUCUUUGCCAUUGAGGAGAUCAACAGAAAUGGCAAACUUCUUCCCAACAUCACACUGGGAUAUAAGAUCUAUGAUUCAUGCAGUACACCCCAUCAGGCUCUAAAGGCUGCCAUGGAAUUAAUGGGUGAGAAGGAUUCAGGGGUCGAAGGAGAGAUACAGAGUAAGAGCACCUGUCAAGGGACCGUACCUGCAGUGAUAGGUGACGGAGGCUCUACUCAGUCUCUCGUAGUGGCCCGAUUCCUGGGAGUCUUCCAUGUGCCACAGGUCAGUUAUUUCUCCAGCUGUGCCUGUUUAAGUGACAAAAAAGAAUUCCCUGCCUUUUUAAGGACCAUGCCCAGUGACUUCUUCCAGGUGGAUGCACUUGUGCAACUUGUCAAGCACUUUGGCUGGACUUGGGUGGGUGUGAUUGCAGGGGAUGAUGCGUAUGGCCGUGGUGGUGCUAACAUAUUUGCAGAUGAGGUUAGAAAGUUAGGCGCUUGUGUUGCCCUCCAUGAGAUCAUCCCUAAGAACCGAGCACAGACUGCCAUUGCAUCUAUCGUCUCCAAGAUUCGCUCCUCUGGGGCUCGGGUGAUUCUACUGUUUGCUGUGGAACAAGAUGCAGCUGCAUUGUUUGAUGAAGGACUCAGAGAGGGGCUAACUGGGAUACAGUGGCUGGCCAGUGAGGCUUGGAGCACAGCUGCUGUCCUCUCCACCCCCAAAAAGUACCACCCCAUCCUCCAGGGUUCUAUGGGAUUUGCCAUUCGACGAGCGCACAUCCCUGGAUUGCAAGAGUUUCUGCUUCGCUUGCAUCCCUUGAGCCCAGAUGCCCUUGAAAAUCCCUUCCUGAUACCCUUCUGGGAAGAAGUGUUUCAGUGUAGCCUGGGUGUGCAGGCUGAAGGUCAGGAUCAUAAUGUUGAGGGUAAACCUCCAUGCUCUGGAGCAGAAGAGCUGGGAAGUGUGAAGAACAUCUAUUCAGAUGUGUCACAGCUAAGGAUUUCCUACAAUGUCUACAAGGCUGUGUAUGCCAUUGCCCAUGCACUGAAAGCUAUGAGAAGUUGUGUGAAAGGAAAAGGCCCAUUUCCUUUGCAGGCUUGUCCAGACACAGACAAAAUAGAGCCAUGGCAGCUACUUCAUUACAUAACACAAGUGGAAUACUUAAACUCAUUUGGAGAUGAGAUCAAGUUUGAUGAGAAUGGUGACCCAGCAGCUAUAUAUGACCUGGUUAACUGGCAACUGACACCAAAUGGAGAAAUUGAGUUUGCCACUAUUGGUAAAUUUGAUGAGACAAUCACAGUUGGAAAGCAAAAACUCCAGCUACAGGAACAGAACAUUGUAUGGAAUGGCAACCAAACCAAAGUUCCCUUGUCAGUAUGCAGCAGCAUUUGUCCCCCAGGUACCCGGAAGGCAAUCAGACCUCACUUCCCUAUCUGCUGCCAUGAUUGUGUGGUUUGUAAAGCUGGGGAGAUUAGCAAUCAGACUGAUGCCAUAGAGUGUGUACGCUGCCUGCCAGAGUUCUGGUCCAAUGCUCAGAGGACAGCCUGUAUCCCUAAACAGGUGGAGUUCCUGUCCUAUAGUGACACCAUGGGCAUCACCCUGAUGGCUAUUUCCAUCAUUGGCUCCUUCUGCACUUGUAUUGUGGUCUUAAUAUUCUCCUUUCACAGAACAUCCCCGAUUGUCAGGGCCAACAACUCUGAACUGAGCUUCCUGCUGCUGUUCUCCCUGACUCUGUGUUUCUUAUGUUCAUUAACUUUCAUUGGAGCACCCUCUGAGUGGUCCUGCAUGCUGCGCCACACAGCGUUUGGGAUCACCUUUGUCCUCUGCAUCUCUUGCAUCCUUGGGAAAACUAUUGUGGUGCUAAUGGCCUUCAAGGCUACACUUCCAGGCACUAAUGUCAUGAAAUGGUUUGGAGCUACACAGCAAAAGGCAAUCAUUAUUCUUUGUACACUGGUUCAGGUAAUCAUCUGUACAGUGUGGCUGGUUGUUGCUCCCCCAACUCCACGCCAACUGAUGCCACGCGAGAGCGCUAUUGUCAUUCUCUUGUGUGACGAAGGUUCACCCAUAGCAUUCGCUCUUGUCCUGGGCUACAUUGGCCUGCUGGCCUGCCUCUGCCUCUUCUUGGCUUUCCUAGCAAGGAAGCUUCCAGACAACUUCAACGAGGCCAAACUCAUCACCUUCAGCAUGCUUAUUUUCUGUGCAGUGUGGGUAGCCUUUGUUCCUGCCUACAUCAGCUCUCCGGGGAAGUACGCCACAGUCACUGAGGUGUUUGCUAUCUUGGCGUCCAGUUAUGGACUGCUGGGUUGCAUCUUUGCACCAAAGUGCUACAUAAUCCUACUAAGGCCAGAAAAGAACACAAGGAAACACCUGAUGUCCAAAGUUGCCACUGACAAAUUUUAG